GGAGAAAGGGUAACCACAUGGAUGGUCAGGUCCUGGAGCUUUCCUCUGUGUGCCAUGCCAUCUAAAUUCGCUUUCUCCAAUCAACCAAGGGAGGAAGCUGGACCCCCGCCUCCAUCCGCCAGCCCAAAGAGGAAAAGGGACUUGUCAUCGGAUUCUGAGGAUAACCUGGCAGAGCUGCUAGAACCUGAUCCCGAGCCAGUGUGGUCAGUGGAGACACUGAGUGGGCUCAGGAUGAAGCUGAAAAGGCGGCAUUUGUCUAUAGUGAGACCUGAACACCAUGAGGUCUUCACCAGGCUGCUGGAGGAUCCUGUGGUGAAAAAAUUCCUGGCCUGGGACACGACACUGAGAGUGUCUGAUAAGUACCUCCUGUCUAUGGUCAUAGCUUAUUUCAGCCGUGCUGGGCUCUUCUCCUGGCAGUAUAGGCCAAUCCACUUCUUCCUGGCUCUGUACCUGGCCAAUGACAUGGAGGAGGACAACCAGGCCCCUAAACAAGACAUUUUUUACUUCCUCUAUGGGAAGAGCUAUGCCCAGCGCCCCGCAUUCCACAAACUGCGGUUCCAGUUCAUUCGAUCCAUGGGCUGGAGGAUCUGGGUGUCUCGGGAGGAGUGUGAAGAGAUCCAGGCUUACAACCCUGAGCUGUGGGUGUGGGCACGAGAUCGCACCAACCUGACCUACAACCCUAGGGCCAUGGAGGCCUGAGGUCAUUGGCCUGAGAUAGAUCCCUGCCUGAGGGAGAUACUCUGCCAACUUUAAGGACUGACUGCUGGGGGAGAGGAGAGAGGACUGCCUUCCACAGGAAACUAGAGGAACCCAGACUCUUCUAGAAGGAGUGGAAUGGAAUCACCACACUGUGCUCCUGGGAGUGGGAACACUUGUAGGAGCCUCUGGGGGGGAAAGAAGAAAUCAGGAUUCCUCAGGGGUGGUUUUACUCAGCCGCACCAUCUAAUUGUUAUCCCAAAUGUCCUCAGCCCCAUCUCCCCAAGGCAGCAGCCCUGUGGAUUCCUAUCAUUCGUCUCCCCAGUCUCAGGCCAUUUGAAGG